AAGAAGAAAAAAACAACCCUGUACUCGCAGGUCAGCUGAAGAGCUGGAAAAACUUCUAGAAACCUUCUGGUAUUUUCAGGUGUUCAUCAUAUUUAGCAAGUUGUGUCAUUAAAACGAUUUUCUGCUCUAACGUGUGUCCUACACUCAACCAUGGGAACUGAUAGGAGGCCCAGUCGUGGGGAACGUAGUGGGAGGUAUGGUUCGGACGGGAGGAGAGAUGAUCCAGAAUGGUAUGACAGGCGAAGCAGAGAUAUGGAGAGGGAUUACGAUCGACGCUGGGUUGAAGAUAGACACAGAGAACGCUUUGAUGAACGCAGAGACCGAGACAGUCCAGAGAGGGGUCGAAAACGACGCAACAGCGACAGAUCAGACGAUGAAUAUGAUGGUGAUUACCCAGAGCAGGACUACAAAACGGAGCAGGAGGAGGAGAGCAAGACUAUCAUGCUAAGGGGUCUCUCUCCCCAUGUCACAGAGGAUGAUAUUCGCACAGCACUCGAGCAGCUACAGGGACCCCAGCCUGUGGACAUACGUUUGAUGAAGACAAGGACAGGUAUAAGCCGAGGUUUCGCCUUCGUGGAGUUUUAUCACUUGCAAGAUUCUACCCGAUGGAUGGAGACCAAUCAGAACAAGUUGGUGGUCCAGGGGAAAAACAUUGCAGUGCACUACAGCAACAGGAAACAGAAGUUUGAAAAUUGGCUUUGCAAUGCUUGUGGGCUGUACAAUUUUCGGAAGAGGCUGAAAUGUUUCAGGUGUGGAGCAGCAAAAGUUGGAGAGUCCCCUGGAGCAAAUGGUGUAAACGUUGAGUCUCAACAGCCGGGAGAAUACAGCGGAGACACAAUAAUUUUGAGGAACAUUGCCCCCCUGUCAACUGUCGAUGGAAUUUUGAACAUAUUGGCACCAUAUGCCAACCUGUCUGCCAGUAACAUCCGCCUCAUUAAAGACAAACAAAAAGGACAGAAUAGAGGCUUUGCCUUUGUGCAGCUCUCAUCUCCCUUGGAGGCGUCUCAGCUGCUCACCAUUCUCCAGAGCCUUCAGCCACCCCUAAAACUAGACGGAAAAACAAUUGGUGUGGAUUAUGCCAAGAGUGCUAGGAAAGAUUCAGUGCAACCUGAUGGGAUCAGGGCCAGUGCUCUCUCUGUUGCCAGCACAGCUAUUGCUGCUGCUCAGUGGUCAUCCAGUCAGUUACAACAAAGUUUAGGUGCCAGUUCUGAUUUUGUUGCUCUUCCAGAGGGCUACGCACAACAAGCACAGGGGCAAAAUUAUCAAGUAUGGCCGCAGCAGCCUGAAGGAUUGGCUCCUGUCAUUGGAGAUGGAUUACUUGGAGCUGCUCCAGGAGUGAAGACUUUGGUGCCUACAGCCACAGGUGUAGUCAUAUCCCAGGCAGCUCAGGUUUACCAACCUGUCAUUAUCAGCCAGCCGGCCAUACAGACACAUCAACUAGUGAGGCCAGUUGUUGCAGCACAACAGGCUGCUAGUGUUUCCACCACAUCACUGGUAACACCGGCUUCCUCCACGGCUGCAACAACAGUCUGUGCUGCCCCGACCGCUAGCACAACAGCUGUCCCUGACACCUCCACGUACCAGUAUGAUGAGUCGUCAGGUUACUAUUAUGAUCCACAGACUGGCCUCUAUUAUGACCCCAGCAGCCAAUACUACUAUAACUCUGCGACUCAGCAGUACCUGUACUGGGACAGUGAGAAGCAGUCGUACUUCCCCGCAGCGACUGAAUCAGACACAAGCACAGAACAAGCUACGGCUAACGCCACAGCUAGUUCCUUGACCCCUAGCAAAGAGCCCAAAGAGAAAAAAGAGAAGCCUAAAAACAAGUCGGCACAGCAGAUUGCAAAGGACAUGGAGCGAUGGGCAAAAAGCCUAAAUAAGCAAAAAGAAAGUUUUAAGAGCAGUUUCCAAGGCUUGGGAGCUUCUAAGGAAGAGGAGAGGAAAGAGUCUGCAGCGGCAGAUGCUGGUUUCUCACUGUUCGAGAAGAAGAUUGGAAAUUUUGAGAUGUCAUCCCUCCUGGCUGAACAGUUUAAGCUGACGGAGCAGGAGAUUCCAGCAAAGAGUGAUUUUGUUGAUGCCUACAAUGGGGACAGUGACCCAGAGGAGGGCGGCUCAGAUAGAGCAGCAGAAGAGGAGGGAAAAAUAACAGACUGGAAGAAGAUGGUUUGUCUGCUGUGCCGCCGUCAGUUCCCCACCAAAGAGGCUCUGCUGCGUCACCAGCAGCUCUCUGACCUCCACAAGCAAAAUUUGGAAAUUCAGAGAAGAUCAAGGCUUUCAGAAGCUGAGCUGGAGGAGCUGGAGAGGAAAGAAACUGAGCUGAAAUACAGAGACAGAGCUGCAGAAAGAAGGGAGAAGUACGGUGUUCCUGAACCUCCUGUACCUAAGAAGAAAUUCUAUCAAGCACCAGUCCCAACAGUAAACUAUGAACAGCCCACAAAAGACGGCCUGACAAGUGAUAAUAUUGGCAGCAAAAUGUUGCAAGCAAUGGGCUGGCAGGAGGGCAAAGGUCUGGGGCGCCACCAACAGGGCAUCACCGCUCCCAUCUCGGCUUCAUUAAGGACCAAGGGCACAGGCUUGGGUAUUAAACAAAGCUCGUAUGAACUGUCAGCAUCUGACACCUACAAGGAUGCUGUUCGUAAGGCCAUGUUCGCACGCUUCACUGAGAUAGAGUGAGAAAAAUAAUCACACUGAACUGUGAAACCUUCAUUUUGUGGCCAAAACGUCUUACUGUGACACAGAAAAGUAGAUUUUUCCCCUUGUACAUACUAUUUAUGUACAUUUGUUUUUUUUUUUUUGUUUUUUUUUAAUAUUAGCUAGGUAUUUUGUCAUCCAAAAUAUCUUUUCAAGAUACAGAACAUGCACAUUUUGUAUAGUGUUGGUACGUAAAGUUGUGCAGACAUUGAUGAGGACUUGUUUCUGUGAGAAUCAGUGUGGUUACUAAACCUGCCGUUCGUCCUCACAGACACUCAUCUG